AUGGCUUACAAUAAUUCUCAUGUUGGUAGCGUAUCCCUCAUGGAAGGGCUUAGUUUCAAAAUUAUUUUAGUUCAGGUUUUGGUGAUAGUUUUCCUUGGCAUCAACUUUAUGCUGCUCUCAACCUUUUUUAUGAAGGAGGUCUUCUACACAUCUUUGCGCUACAUCUUAUUUGCUGUUACAUUGCUGUCUGAUUGUGCAGUUUUGCUUCUGACGGGUAUACUUGCCAUCUGGACCAGAUUUCAUUUCACCGUGCCUGUAUGGCUGUGUCUUAUCAUAUUUAUUUUGGCCACUGUAUACACUUUAAUCACGCCGUUUACGCUGACAGCAAUGACCAUAGAGCGUUAUGUAGCCAUCUGCAUGCCCCUGCGUCAUGGAGAGCUGUGCUCCACACGCUGCUCACUGCACUGCAUCCUCAUCAUUCACGGCCUCAGCUCUAUUCCCGUUAUUGUUGAUCUCGCCAUCUUCUGUUUAUCAGUGCCUCUCAGCUUUUAUAAAAAAGCAGUGGACUGCAGGGCAAGGGUUUUUAUUUUGUACAAAUGGCAGGAGUAUAUUCGAUCUGCUAUAAAGCAGUUCUAUUUUUUGCUUAUGUGCAUUGUCAUUGUAUUCACUUAUGCUAAAAUCAUGAAAGCAGCCAAAGCUGCAUCAGGAGAGAAUAAAAAGUCAACAUGGAAAGGAUUAAAAACUGUAGUCCUUCAUGCUUUCCAGCUGCUGCUCUGUCUCAUCCAGCUGUGGUGUCCAUUCAUAGAGGCUGCUGUCCUUCAGAUUGAUUUCAUGUUGUUCAUUCAUCUUAGGUUUUCUAACUACAUUCUUUUCUAUCUUGCUUCAAGAUGCCUGAGCCCUCUUAUUUAUGGUCUCAGGGAUGAGUUGUUUUUCAGUGCAUUGAAAUACCAGCUCUGUGGCUUGCACAACACUAGUUAA